AUGUCGCCUCAACUAGAAAAUAGCGACACUGCUGUCCCCGAAAUCACAAAGCAAGUCCACUAUGGAAAGAGACCCUUGGAAUUGGUGGCUUUUAACAGCCAGUUGGAGUUGAUUGAAAAAACUCUUGCUGCUGCCCCCAAAACGAACACCAACCCAAACAGUUUCGCCUCGUCCUCCACUGGAAACGUGUCACUGAACUAUUACCCCAGGUAUGGGGGUAACAACUACCAGCAAAGCUACUAUCAAAAUUCCGCCAAUAACGCGUCGACCAAUAGUCAUCACAACCCCAACCUGAACAAAUACACGUUGGCUGCGGUGGCCGCUGCCGCAGCUGUCCAGCAGCAGCAGCAUCAGAGUUAUUUAUUCCAACAGCACAUUGCCAAGCAGUCGCCAUCAUACCAACAGAACCAAAAGCAAGGGCAAGGAUACCAAUCGAGCCCCUACCAGCAGCCUCUCCAGCAGAUCCAACAGCAGAAACUGCAAGGCUCGAUGUACCAAAAGAAGCCUCAGCUUUUUGGGCCUCACGAUGGCUCCGACAUGUCCGCAUCUUCCUCGGUGUUAUCGGAAACUCGUCCUCCAGCACAGGCAUCAUCAUCGGUUAACCCUAACUCCAUGAGUGCUCCUAUCGACUUCAAGAGCAACUACUUGCUCUUCAAUGAGAGCUCGCAAUCGCUUCUGUCGCCAAAACUUUCUGCCACUGGCCCAUCGCAACAGAAGCAAUCAGCUCCCCUUCAUUUCAAAUUGUUCGAUUCCAUUGGCUCGGACGCGAACAAUAUUAUGAACUCACCCAUCAUGCUUCCUCCCUCCAGCUCGCCAAACAAGAACUCGCCUCCCAACCUCUUCUUGAGCACAACAGGCUCCUCGUUGAACUCGGGACCCUCCACUGGAAGCUCUUUAUCGAACUCGGGAACCCUCCCUAAUAAUUCCUCGUUACUUUCAACAGUUUUGCCUUCUAAUUCGACUAAUACUAAUACGAACACUAGCUCCAUCUGGGGUCUGAACAACCAAAGCUCGCUUUCUGCGGGCCAUACGGGGCUAGGUUCUUCGGCUAAUAAUACACACAUCUUCUCGGGUUUUGGUGGUUCCAGCAUGUGGUAA